AUGGCCUUUUACGAUAGAAACGAGCAGCACCAGUACUUCCUUGAACAAUCCCGCUAUGAAAUUGCGACAGCUGUGCUCUACGGCAUUUCUUUCCUCGCAGGCCUUGCCGUCUGCGUCCUUGCGUUUAUCAAGCUACGAGGCGGCAGUCUAGGCCACGGCUUCGCAACCUGGCUUCGACUCGCUUGCAUCUUCUUUACCUUGUCCUGCAUGCUCGGCAUGUGUGCAAAUGCCCUGUCGUCUCCGCUAGUCCAUCAAGCUGGCACCGGCGAGCAAGAGUAUUCCCUAGACCGACUGUUCAAACAGAACGAGGCCGCCCAGUACAUGAGGUUGAUCGCGAGCUGGUUCCACCAUGUCACGCAAGGGAUCCUCUUCAUCGCCAUCGUGACUUUCUGCGCGGCAACGUCAGCUACGACAGGCAGCAAGGUCUGGUUGGUCGUGGUGUACGUUCUCGGCAGUGUGCUGAACGGACUCGCCGCUGCAAUGUUCGCCCUGGGUGUCAAGCAGAAUCGCAACAAUUUUGACAAUAAGUUCGCCACGAUUUCACUCUUCUUGACCCUGAGGGAUGUCACGCUCGCAUUUGACUGCAUCAUGGCCGCGGCAGCCCUAUUUGCCGCCGGAUUCGCCGUUUCGAGACUGUCCAAGAGCAUGCACAUCAACGACAAGCCCGCCAAACUAGCGGCUUUGGCCAGUAUUCUGUUGCUCCUGUCUGCGCUUUACCAGCUUUCGGUCCUCGUCAACUACAGCUGGGUCAACCCCCCCCAUUUUGGCGUGCCGAAUUAUCUUUCUAUCUUGGGUAUGAUCUUUGAUACCUGGGCGCUGCUGGGUGCUACGGCUCUGGUCUUCGUUGCUGGCAAGAAUUGGGCGGAGGGCGGUUCUAUGAAGCAACAAAAAGGCAGUGUUGCGUAA